AUGUCUGGGAAACCAGAAUCGAAAGGAGCAAUGCAAUCGGUGAAAGUAGCACUGGCAAUUGCUGGUAUCUUCGGAUCAUUCGGAUAUUUUGCAGUCCUUCAGGAGGAUCUUUUCAAGAAGUCGUAUGCAGGACAGAAGUUCAAGGCAACGUUCUUCAUGAUGGUUGCAGAGAGAGGAGCCAAUGCGCUUGUUGCUCUCUUCUUCUUGCUGAUCUUUGGGGGAUCGAACCUUAAGAUCCCCAUCAAGGAAAUCUCCGUCAGUGGUGCCUCGCAAAUGUUGGCCAUGGCGGCGUCGAAUGAGGCCCUCCGAUAUGUCAGCUAUCCUACUCAGGUGCUGGGGAAGUCUUGCAAGAUGGUGCCUGUCUUCUUGAUGGGAAUUCUCAUCGGCGGGAAGAAGUACGGGUGGGAUACAUACCUGCAGGUUAUCACCGUCACAGCUGGUGUUGUCAUCUUCAACUUCGGAGCUCCCGCAAAGCCAGGCAAGGGCGGCGGGUCUGACUCGGCCUAUGGCUUGUCGUUGAUUGCUCUGUCUCUUGUUCUCGACGGAGUCACUGGAGGACUGCAGGAUCGUGUGAAGAAGACCGCACAGACUCUUAACAACAACCCCAAGGCAAAGCCCUCGAUGUUCGAGUCAAUGAUGUACACCAACCUUGCUGGAGCUGUUGUCGCGCUGGCUUUCUGUGUUGCGACUGGUCAGCUUCAGGAAGGAAUCGACUUCUGCAAGCGCAGCGAGGAGUUUAUCUAUGCCCUCUCUGCUUUUUCCAUCUCUUCGGCUGUGGGACAGUGUUUCAUCUACUUCACCGUCACCGAGUUUGGACCUCUUCUCCUCUCCACGGUCACCACCACAAGGAAAAUCUUCUCGACUGUCUACUCUGUCUUCAGGAACCCAGACAACCGAUUGAACCAGAUGCAGUGGACCGGGUGCUUCAUGGUGUUCGGAGGCAUCAUCAUCGAGAUGGUGGCUGACAGGUUCAAACCACAUGACAAGCCAAAGAAAGCUUAA